CGCAGCCGGGGACACCGCGCGCCGCUGCCCAACAUGGUCGCUGCGCACGCUGCCCAUUCUUCCUCCUCCGCCGAGUGGAUCGCCUGCCUGGAUAAAAGACCACUGGAAAGAUCCAGCGAAGAUGUGGAUAUAAUCUUUACACGACUGAAAGAAGUUAAAGCGUUUGAGAAAUUUCACCCAAAUCUCCUUCAUCAGAUUUGUUUAUGUGGUUAUUAUGAGAACCUGGAAAAAGGAAUAACAUUAUUUCGGCAGGGUGAUAUUGGAACAAACUGGUAUGCUGUCCUGGCAGGGUCUUUGGAUGUGAAAGUAUCUGAGACCAGCAGUCACCAGGAUGCCGUGACCAUCUGUACCCUGGGAAUUGGGACAGCCUUUGGAGAGUCCAUUCUGGACAACACACCCCGCCAUGCCACCAUCGUUACCAGGGAGAGCAGCGAACUGCUCCGCAUUGAGCAGAAGGACUUCAAGGCACUAUGGGAGAAAUAUCGGCAGUAUAUGGCAGGACUUCUGGCUCCUCCUUAUGGUGUUAUGGAAACAGGCUCUAACAAUGACAGGAUUCCUGACAAGGAGAACACACCUCUCAUUGAACCUCACGUUCCUCUUCGUCCUGCUAACACCAUUACCAAGGUUCCUUCAGAGAAGAUCCUCAGGGCUGGAAAAAUUUUACGAAAUGCCAUUCUCUCUCGAGCACCUCACAUGAUAAGAGACAGGAAAUACCACCUAAAGACAUACAGACAAUGCUGUGUGGGAACCGAGCUGGUCGACUGGAUGAUGCAGCAGACUCCGUUUGUUCAUUCCCGAACCCAAGCUGUUGGCAUGUGGCAAGUCCUGUUGGAAGAUGGUGUUCUCAACCACGUGGACCAGGAACACCAUUUCCAAGACAAAUAUUUAUUCUAUCGAUUUCUGGAUGACGAGCACGAGGAUGCCCCUCUGCCUACUGAGGAGGAGAAGAAGGAGUGUGAUGAGGAGCUCCAGGACACGAUGCUGUUGCUGUCACAGAUGGGCCCUGACGCCCACAUGAGGAUGAUCCUCCGCAAACCACCUGGCCAGAGGACUGUGGAUGACCUAGAGAUUAUCUAUGAAGAGCUUCUUCAUAUUAAAGCCUUAUCCCAUCUUUCUACCACAGUGAAACGGGAGUUAGCAGGUGUUCUCAUUUUUGAAUCUCACGCCAAAGGAGGAACUGUGUUGUUUAACCAGGGGGAAGAAGGUACCUCCUGGUACAUUAUUCUAAAAGGAUCAGUGAAUGUAGUCAUUUAUGGCAAGGGUGUGGUCUGCACCCUGCACGAGGGAGAUGACUUCGGCAAGUUAGCACUAGUGAAUGAUGCCCCACGAGCUGCCUCUAUUGUCUUGCGAGAAGAUAAUUGCCAUUUCUUAAGAGUAGACAAAGAGGAUUUCAACCGGAUCCUGAGGGACGUUGAGGCGAAUACAGUCAGACUUAAAGAACAUGACCAAGAUGUCUUGGUGCUGGAGAAGGUCCCAGCAGGGAACAGAGCUUCUAAUCAAGGAAACUCACAGCCUCAGCAAAAGUAUACUGUGAUGUCAGGAACACCUGAAAAAAUUUUAGAGCAUUUUCUAGAAACAGUACGCCUUGAGCCAGCUUUAAAUGAAGCAACAGAUUCUGUUUUAAGCGACUUUGUUAUGAUGCACUGUGUUUUUAUGCCAAAUACCCAGCUUUGCCCUGCCCUGGUGGCCCAUUACCACGCACAGCCUUCUCAAGGUACAGAACAGGAGAAACUGGAUUAUGCCCUCAACAAUAAGAGGCGAGUCGUCCGCCUGGUUCUACAGUGGGCCGCUGUGUAUGGAGACCUCCUGCAAGAGGACGAUGUGGCUAUGGCUUUCCUGGAGGAGUUUUAUGUGUCUGUAUCAGAUGAUGCCCGGAUGAUGGCUGCCCUCAAGGAGCAACUGCCAGACUUAGAGAAGAUUGUCAAGCAAAUCUCAGAAGAUGCAAAGGCCCCACAAAAGAAGCACAAAGUCCUUUUGCAACAGUUCAACACGAGUGAUGAGAGAGCCCAGAGGCGCCAGCCUAUCCGUGGCUCUGAUGAGGUUUUGUUUAAGGUCUAUUGCAUGGACCACACCUACACAACCAUUCGGGUGCCGGUGGCCGCCUCGGUGAAGGAAGUCCUCAGCGCAGUCACCGACAAACUGGGUUCCGGGGAAGGACUGAUCGUAGUCAAGAUGAGUUCCGGAGGAGAAAAGGUGGUGCUCAAACCUAAUGAUGUUUCGGUAUUUACGACGCUCACCAUUAAUGGACGCCUGUUUGCUUGCCUGCGAGAGCAAUUCGAUUCCUUGACUCCCUUACCAGAACAGGAAGGCCCAACUGUUGGAACAGUGGGAACUUUUGAACUGAUGAGCUCCAAAGAUUUAGCAUACCAGAUGACAAUUUAUGACUGGGAACUCUUCAACUGUGUGCAUGAGCUGGAGUUAAUCUAUCACACAUUUGGAAGGCAUAAUUUUAAAAAGACCACAGCAAACUUGGAUUUGUUCCUGAGAAGAUUUAAUGAAAUUCAGUUUUGGGUUGUCACUGAGAUUUGCCUUUGUUCCCAGCUCAGCAAGCGUGUUCAGCUUUUAAAAAAAUUUAUUAAGAUAGCAGCCCACUGUAAGGAGUACAAAAAUCUGAAUUCCUUUUUUGCCAUCGUCAUGGGACUAAGUAACGUCGCUGUGAGCCGUUUGGCACUAACGUGGGAGAAACUGCCAAGCAAGUUCAAGAAGUUCUAUGCGGAGUUUGAAAGUUUAAUGGAUCCUUCGAGAAACCACAGGGCCUACAGGCUGACAGUAGCUAAGCUGGAACCACCUCUCAUCCCCUUCAUGCCUUUGCUCAUUAAAGAUAUGACAUUUACUCAUGAGGGAAACAAGACGUUCACUGACAAUCUAGUAAACUUUGAAAAAAUGCGCAUGAUUGCAAAUACUGCCAGAACAGUGAGAUACUACAGGAGCCAACCCUUCAACCCUGAUGCAGCUCAAGCUAAUAAGAACCAUCAGGAUGUCCGCAGUUAUGUACGGCAAUUAAGUGUGAUUGACAACCAGAGAACUUUAUCACAGAUGUCACACAGAUUAGAGCCUCGUCGGCCAUAGACAUUUAAAGUACCCAGAGCAAUGGUUUGUCUCCAGUCCACAAUCUUUCAAAAAUGCCAUUUAUACUACUAGUGACUAUAUUGCCACUAGAGAGUUCUACAAAACAAGCAAAAACACAUCCUGAGACACCUCAGGGCUGCAUUCAGCUUACCAGCUACAUGACAAGAGAAGAAAUUAUUUGGCUUGCAUAAAGCUUACACACUCUAGCUUAGGACUCCCCAGUUUGUGGUCACCCUGUUUAAUUUCCAGUCGAGCCAUCUUCUUUGCCAAAACAUUAAAUAAGGCCCACAUGAAGAGUUUGGUAGAAAUACCAUUCUCAAGAGAACUGUCAAGUUCCAGAAAUAUUUUCUUAAGAGUGUUGACAGGAUGAGAUGUGCUACAAGUAGAAUUGCUUUGGAUAUAUUGGUGGUGAUAUAGUUUCAUGAUUUUUAACUCAACACCUUGACUUGGAGCAUGGGGUUUUGGGAAGGUGUUGAGGAAUCCGUAUAAGUCCAAAUAAUAAGUUGUAUUCUUCCAUCUUCAUAAUCUUACCUCUGAAAGGAUAGAACCUGACCACAUUACUAUAAAACAUUAUGGCUGUUUAUGUAAUUGAGGGAGGACUGGUCUGUAAUUUCUGAAUGGUAUAUAGAAUAAUAUUUAUGUUUACAAUGUAUCUUUUUAAAAUUUGCAAAUCAGGAUUACAUACAUAAGAAUUCCACUAAGAAACACCACAUUCUUAAAACCGCCAGUGCUAAGAUAAAAAAUAACAUUUCAGAAGAGCACAAUAUGCACAAAACACUUUUCAAAAUUGAAAUAUUUUCCUGGGCAUUAAAAACGUUUACUAUUGGCCACAAAU